CUAAAAGGCACCUCCUACUCACAACAGUCAGGAAGUAGGAUCUCUAAUAUGCUUUACUGAAUAAAUGUUUUCAGCAUCUACUGGAGUUCGCUGGAUUGGGGCAACGCUGCACAGACAGCAUUUCCUGGAGCAUCUGAGCACUGUUGUAGCCAGUUAAAUGCUGCCAGAGUUGCCAUCCUUGUCUGAAACAAGUCACACUGUCAAAAUGCUGGCCAUCAUACAACAAUGGGAGGGAGUGUCUGGCAGUUACACAGACAACACUGUAAAGUAUGUUUUUCUUCUGUUUUCCAAAGCAGGACUGGAAAUGGUGAUCUUUUAUUUACUGAGUCAAAAACGGUACACCUUCUUUAUGAAUGUGUGCAGCCUGUCCAUCAUACUGGCUGACUUGGUACUUGCCUCUUUAAUGGCAACUGUGUGGUUUCUUGGAGCUGACCAGUCUUUUACACCCUGCUUCCUUUUAGCUAAUGCCUCAGCAGCAUAUGGAAAAUUGCCACUGCCCAUGAUGUGCCUAGGUUUACUGGACUACUCUUUGGGAAACAUCUGUCUUAGCAAGCACAGAGCCUUCUGGAAAACCCUCUGGAAUGUAUUCCUGACAUUUCUCACGUGGCUGCUAGCAGUCUGGUUCUCAUUUGGUUCUCCUGAUACUAAACUGAUGAAUUGGAGUUGUGGAAAAAGGAUAAAAGCUCUGGUGUGUGAAGUGGAGGAGUCAACAUUGAUGAGCUACUUCAUUGCUGGGCUUUUCACUGCAGUACUUCUAAUAAUGCUGCCAUUUUGGUCACAAAUUCCCCAGUGGGUAAAAGAGGCUGAGAGGUUGUGUGAAGCAAGGGAAGAACAAGAGAGUAUGAGGAGCGACUUGUUAUUCACUUUUACCUCCUGCACAGAGACAAAGAGUGAUGAAGAGAAUUACCUGGAGGAUGUGAUCCAGCAUCGACCGCCUCUGUGGAUCAGCCUGACACUGGGCUUUGCUACAUUUUGGAUGCCUUUUCUUGCUGUGUCUUUCGGUGGUUUGCUUCUUGGCUUUGGACUACCCGCCUACAUCUCUGUUAACCUGUUGUGGUUGGAAUGUACCAACAGUUUACUGGUGGGUGUACUAUUCUGGAUAAAGAGCAGGACUCUAGGGCCAUACACUCAUCUACCAGAAAACGUGUGCUUAUGGAGCGUUUACUGGCAUUUGAGCAAAGGAACACAACAGAAGCAACUUCCUGUGCUCAGCCCUUUAAAAGAGAAGAUAAACAUUUUUUAUUAUGUGUAAGGGUAACAGUUACACAUGACAUAAAAUAAACUCAUGAUAUGAGAAAGUUAAUAAGGACUUUAAAUAAAGAUGAACCAGCAUCUACAAAUGGUUCACAUGUAUGAAUGUUGCAUUAAAUGUCUACACUGAGUUAUAUGGCCGACUGUUAAAAAGUGCCUCGCAGUAAAUGUUUAUGACUGGAUCUUUUUUUUUAAUGUUAUUGCUCAA